AUGGCAUCAGCCAUUUAUCUGCGCCUCCUGCGCUCUCCCGUUGUAUCCUCUUCUCCUCUCGUCCGCUCGCGUGCACACCACCACCACUUCCAGUUCCCAGCUCCGCCGCGGCGGUACCCAGCCCUCUCCAGCCGCCGCCAUGUCCACCCUGGACGAUACCAGCCCUUCGUCCCGCCCUCGCCGGCCUCCCUAGGCAAACCUACCCCAGCCAAGACCUACACGCGCACGCGUAAAUGGCUGCGUCGCCUCGUCUACCUCUCCCUCACCGCCGGGGCGAUCUACGCGGUCGACAACCAAUUCUACGCCGCCAGCCUGACCCGCACGGCGCGCACCUUCGGCCUGGGUCUCCUCGUGGCGCUGGACUACAAGAUCAACUUCCGCCCCAACCCUCCGCUGGCCAGCUCUAUCGUCGCCGUGCACACGCGCAACGCCGAGCGGCUGUCCGACCUCCUGCGGCACAAUGGCGGCCUGUACCUGAAGAUCGGCCAGGCGAUCGCCAUGCAGUCCGCCAUCCUGCCGCCCGAGUUCCAGAAGAUGUUCGCGCGCAUGUUCGACGAUGCGCCGCAGAACGACUGGAAGGAGGUGGAGAAGGUCAUCCGCGAGGACUUUGGCGGCCGCUCCGUCGAGGAGGUCUUUGGGGUCUCCUUCACCGGGGAGCCUGGCAAGGGCCUCAUGGAGCGGACGGCCCGGGCCAGUGCCAGCGUGGCGCAGGUGCAUUGGGCUCGUCUGGCGGAUGGGCGGGAGGUGGCCAUCAAGAUUCAGAAACGGGAGAUCGGCAAGCAGAUCACAUGGGAUCUGUGGGCUUUCAAAGUUGUGACAUGGAUCUACAGCCGGCUCUUCGAUAUCCCGUUCUACAGCUUGGUCCCAUACGUCACCGAGCGACUCUCCCUGGAGACGGACUUUGAGAAUGAAGCCGACAACUCCGAGAACAUGGCGCGGCUGGUGGCCGGCGAGCCUCGCCUCCGCGACCGAGUGUACAUCCCCAAGGUCUACCGCGAGCUCAGCUCGAAGCGGGUGAUGACCGCCGAAUGGAUUGAGGGCGUCCGCCUCUGGGACAAGAACUCCAUCACGCGACCCUGGCGUGGCGGAUGGCGUCAAGGCACGCCGGGCUGCCACGGCACGCCGCUCGACCCGCCGUCCAGCAAGGCUCAACCCAACCCCCACCCCAACCUCGAUCGCAACGGCGCACAGCUCAAGCCCGAGCGCACCCACUGGCGCGGCGGCUACGGCGACAGCGGGCUAGGCCUUUCCCUCAAGCAGGUCAUGACCACGAUGGUCGACCUCUUCUCCGCGCAGAUGUUCCUGUGGGGGUACGUCCACUGCGACCCGCACCCGGGGAACAUCUUCAUCCGGCGGACCCCGUCGGGCAACCCGGAACUCGUCCUCAUCGACCACGGUCUGUACAUCCACAUGGAACCGGCCUUCCGGCACCAGUACGCGCGGUUCUGGAAAGCGCUCCUCACCUUCGACAACACGACUCUGACGGAGAUCGUCUCCUCGUGGGGCGUCCAGAACACCGACCUCUUCGCGUCGGCGACCCUAAUGCGCCCCUACCGGGGCGGCGACCUCUCGACCCACCGCUCUGUGUCCCGCACGCUGUCCCCGGAAGACCCGAGCACCCUGCACUACGAGAUGCAGCAAUCGGCGCGCCGCGCGAUCCGCCAGAUCCUGGGCGAUGAGGAGAAGUGGCCGCGCCCGCUGAUCUUCAUCGGGCGCAACCUCCGCAUCGUCCAGGCCAACAACCAGUUCCUGGGGAGUCCCGUUAACCGCGUCAAGAUCACGGGGAUGUGGGCGUCGCGCGCGCUGGCCGAGGACCGGCCGGAGGGGGUGGCCGCCCGGGUGCGCGGCGCCUGGGGCCACCUGGUGUUCCGGGUGGUGUUGUUCGGGACGGAUCUGUUCUUCUGGUUCACGAAGGUGCGCCAGUUUUUGCGGCUGGGGGGCGGGAUGGAGGAUGAGAUCGAGUUGCAGAUGCGCGGGGUGGCGAAGGAUAUGGGGGUGGAGUUGGGGAGUAAUAUUUUCGAGGGAUAG